UAGAAACAAUAAGAACUUGCCAUAUUUAUGCCAUAUCUUAUUUUACAACAGUCGGAUUAUUUAAAGAAGUGAAUACUACAGUAUUUUGACUUUGGAAAUUUAAGCGUGAGAUUUUCAUUCAUAAUUCGGCCACGUGGUAUCUUCGUAGUGUGUGUUUUUCCCUGUUUCCAUAUAAAGAGGAUUUGGUCUUGCGUCAUAUUAAAAAGUAAAGCGGGGAAUGUCUUCUUGAACACUGGACAUAUUUUCAAUUAUACACGUGUUAUAGAACCUCCAGUCAUGCCCUCUAAGGAUAAAUACGAUGUUGUCGGACAGAAUGAGAAAACUGUGAAAGAUCUACCAGCAUCAAAUAGUUCAAAUUCAAGUGGACCAGAGGAUGAAGUCAAGUUACAACAGAAAAUCAGUUUGUUAAAUGGUGUAACUGUAAUCGUUGGAAGUAUCAUAGGAUCUGGUAUAUUUGUCAGUCCUAAAGGAGUUCUCGAAGGGGCUGGCAGUGUAGGCUUGUCUAUAAUAGUAUGGGUUGGCUGUGGUUUAUUUUCCAUGGUUGGAGCCUACUGUUAUGCCGAACUUGGAACCUCUAUAACAAGAUCUGGAGCAGAUUAUGCCUAUAUUUUUGAAGCAUUUGGACCAUUUCUAGCAUUUCUAAGAUUAUGGGUUGAAUGUAUGAUUGUGAGACCAUGUUCACAAGCCAUUGUAGCUAUGACUUUUUCCUACUACAUUAUUGAACCAUUGUUUCCAGAUUGUGAGCAGCCAGACAAUGCCAUUAGACUUCUUGCAGCAAUAUGUAUAUUGUUACUCACAUUUAUAAACUGUGCAGAUGUGAAGUGGGCGACUCGAGUCCAGGAUAUUUUUACAUAUGCUAAAGUUGGAGCAUUGAUACUGAUUAUAAUAACAGGAUUUGUACAGCUAGGAAGAGGUGAACAUGAAAACUUCCACAAUCCUUUUGAGCACACAGAAACUAAUAUUGGUAAAAUUGCCAUGGCAUUCUAUUCUGGGUUAUUUGCCUAUAAUGGAUGGAAUUACCUGAACUUUGUAAUUGAAGAAUUGAAAGAUCCAUACAAAAAUUUACCAAAAGCAAUCUGGAUCUCUAUUAUCAUGGUGAUGACUGUGUACACUCUAGCUAAUAUUGCCUAUUUCACCACUGUAACUAGAGUAGAGAUCUUGAGUGGCAGUGCUGUGGCUGUGAUGUUCUCCCAGAGAUUGUAUGGUGUUAUGUGGUGGAUUAUGCCCAUCUUUGUAUCACUCUCUACUUUUGGAGGUGUAAAUGGUAUCCUGUUUACCACUUCAAGAUUAUUUUACGUUGGCGGUAGAGAGGGCCACAUGCCACAAGUGUUAAGUUACGUGUCUGUAAAGAGAUUGACCCCAAUGCCAGCCUGUAUAUUUAUGGGUGUAUUAUCGCUAUUUUACCUGUUGUCAACAGAUAUGUAUGCCCUAAUUAAUUAUGUGGGCUUCGUGAACUGGUUAGCUAUAGGAAUGUCCAUUGUAGUUCUAUUGUACUUCAGAAAAACUAGACCAGAGAUGAACAGACCUAUAAAGGUGAACUUAUUCUGGCCUAUAUUAUAUGUGUGUAUGACUGUUUUCCUAGUUGCUUUACCAUUCUAUGCCUCACCCACAGAGACCACCUAUGGUGUUAUAAUGAUUUGUACGGGUAUUCCAGUUUAUAUCAUAUUUAUUGCAUGGAAAAACAAGCCAAAGAGUGUAACUAAUAUAAUAGACAAAACUACGAUACUUCUACAGAAGAUACUUGUUAUCAUGCCAGAGGAAAAUGUGAUCAGUAUAACAGAAGAAAUGAAGCAUGAACAUGAACAUGAAACAUAGACUGCUGUUAGGACAUGUGAUCACAUUGCUGAUUUAUAUCAUUGACAAAGCUUGUAUUAUUGGUUAGUGCUGUUCCAUAAAAA